AUUCCGGGCAACUUAUAAAAUCUACGAAAAAAUGCCGUUUAAUAAAUAUUAUCAAGAUGAUAUUAUGUACAUCACGCAAUUAACGCGUACCGUUCUAAUCACACUCGGAGUUUGGCCAUCCUUCAACAAAAAGAGAUCUACCAGCAAAAGAAUAUCCAAGUUUCUGCUGAUCUCUGCCUCUUAUAUUUUUCUCUGCUUCGUCCUGAUCCCCGGCAUCCUUUUCUGGCUAAUAGAAAAGAGAACGCGAGUCAGAAUUCAAACAAUUCCUUUACUUCUUUACGGUUUAAUGGCCAUAAGCAAGUACGGCAAUUUGAUAUUUCGCGAAAGACAGAUAAAGCGCUGUUUGAAGCACAUCGAGGAAGAUUGGAAAAACGUUAUCAGUACAGACGCACGUGAAAUAAUGAUCGAAUCUGCAAAGACCGGAAGACAUCUGGUCGCACUUUGCGGAGUUUUCAUGUACGGUAGCGGACUUUCCUUUCGAUCGAUUCUGCCGUUGUCCAAAGGAAAGAUGGUCACCGCGCAGAACGUCACGAUUAAACCGCUGCCUUGUCCGGGUUACUUUUUUUCCUUUAAUGCACAAGUUAGCCCCAAUUACGAGAUUAUUUUUGCGAUGCAGUUCUUGUCAGGUUUAGUCACUUACUCGAUUACAACUGGUGCGUGUGGCCUUGCCGCUGUGUUUGCGAUGCACGCUUGCGGUCAACUGAGAAUCCUGAUAAGUCUCAUGAAGCAUCUCGUCGAAGAAAAAUGGCAGGAAACACAAGACGUGGAUGUAAAACUGGCAAAGAUAGUCGAACACCAGAUAAGAAUACGAAGUUUUUUACAAUUGGUGGAACAUACUCUACAACAAAUAUGUUUGAUAGAAUUAAUGGGGUGCACUAUAAUCGUUUGCGUUCUUGGAUAUUGCAUGAUAAUGGAAUGGGAGAAAAGCAACGCAAUCGCUAUGUCUUCUUAUUUUAUAGCACUUUUGUCUCUGAUGAUAAAUAUGUUUAUGUUCUGUUACACGGGUGAACAGCUAACUACUCAGGCGGAAAAAGUAGCUACUACAUCAGGCGAACUUGAAUGGUAUCGUCUUCCAGACAAAAAAGCGCGUGAGAUCGUGUUGGUUAUGAUUAUGUCGAACUUACCUACUAAAAUUACUGCUGGGAAGAUGAUGGAUCUAUCGUUUAAGACGUACGGUGAUGUAAGAACAUAUAAUACACUCAAAUGCACCAUUCUAUCUGUUCAGAAAUUUGAAAUAAUUAUGAUAAAAUAA